CAAUCCAUCCACAAACACAAACACUCAUCUCUCUUCCCGUUCGAGAAGAAGAAGAUUCACCCAUUUUUGAACUUCAACCCUCCGAGAGAGAGAGAGAGAGAGAGAGAGAGAGAGAGAGAGAGAGAGAGAGAGAGAGAGAGAGAGAGAGAGAGAGAGAGAGAGAGAGAGAGAAGAGACACAUGCAAAACACUUGCUUUGUGAUAAAAUCUUGAUAUGUAUAGUGUGGGUCUAUUUCAUUUUCUUAUUCGUUAAAAAUGGAUACACUCUUUAGACUAGUCAGCCUCCAACAACAACAAUCCGAUAGUGUCAUUACAAAUCACUCGUCGCUAAGCAGAACCUCCACCACAGCUAGUGGCUCUCCGCAUCGUUUCCUCCAACAUCACGACGAAGAAUGCUUCAACUUUUUCAUGGAUGAAGAAGAUCUCUCCUCUUCUUCUUCCCGCCACCACCACUUCUACUCCCCUUACCCUCCACCUCACUAUCCCUCCGCCACGUCAGCACCUUCCCUCCCUUCCUCCAUUGCCUCCCCCUUCUCCUCGUCCUCAUCUUUCUCCGUCCCUCAGCCCUUCAACUCGUUCGAUUUCUCCUCCAAUGCCAAGUGGGCCGACUCGGUCUUGCUCGACGCUGCUCGGGCAAUUGCCGAAAACGACACCGUUCGUUUGCCGCAGGUUCUUUGGAUGCUGAACGAGCUUUCUUCACCUUACGGUGAUAUCGAGCAGAAGCUCGGGUCGUAUUUCCUCCAGGCUCUGUUCAACCGCAUGACCGGCUCGGGCGAACGCUGCUACCGAACCAUGGCUGCAGCCGCUGCGUCCGAGAAGACUUUCUCGUUUGAGUCGACUCGCAAGACCGUUCUCAAGUUCCAAGAAGUCAGCCCAUGGGCCACUUUCGGCCACGUGGCGGCCAACGGAGCGAUCUUGGAGGCGGUCGACGGUGAACCGAAGAUCCAUAUCGUCGACAUAAGCUCCACGUACUGCACUCAGUGGCCGACCCUCCUCGAAGCCAUCGCGACUCGGUCCGACGACACGCCUCACCUGAGGCUGACCACCGUCGUCAUCUCCAACAAGUUCGUCGACGAUCAAACGGCGUCGCAUCGGCUGGUGAAGGAGAUCGGUAACCGAAUGGAGAAGUUCGCUAGGCUCAUGGGAGUGCCUUUCAAGUUCCAAAUCAUUCACCACGUCGGCGACUUAUCCGAGCUCGAUCUUGCGAAACUUGACGUCCAAAAUGACGAGGUUUUGGCCAUCAACUGCGUCGGAGCCAUGCAUGGGAUCGCCGCCGUCGGAAACCCUAGAGACGCCGUCAUCUCCAUCUUCCGGCGGCUUCAGCCGAGGAUCGUCACCGUCAUAGAAGAAGAAUCCGACCUUUCGGACCCGGGAAACGAUGGCGUUUCGUUCAUGAAAGGGUUUCAAGAAUGUCUACGUUGGUUUAGGGUCUACUUUGAAUCACUCGAAGAGAGCUUUCCGAGAACUAGCAACGAGAGACUGAUGCUGGAGAGAGCGGCCGGGAGGGCGAUCGUGGAAUUGGUGGCAUGUCAGCCGUCGGAUUCCGUCGAGCGGAGGGAGACGGCGGCGAUGUGGUCGCGGAGGCUGAGGGCCGGAGGAUUUGCUCCGGUGGGGUAUAGCGAUGAAGUGGUUGACGAUGUCAGGGCUUUGUUGAGGAGAUACAAAGAAGGUGUUUGGUCAACGGUACAAUGCUCCGACGCCGGAAUAUUCCUUGCCUGGAAAGAUCAGCCGGUGGUUUGGGCCAGCGCGUGGCGCCCCAUGUGAUCUCCGGCGGCGGCUGAGGUGCGGUGGCUAGGGUUUCAUCAUACGCGUGUGGUUAUAUAAUGGGUCAUGAUUAAAUUAAGGUUUGAGAGUUGAGAUGAUGGAAUGCGUUCAUAUUGGAUUUUGUUUUCGGGUAGGACUAAUCACUAUCAUGAGAAAGCGAUCCCUAGAGUCAAAAUUCGUGAUUUCUUUUUUUUUUUAUCUAUUUAUUUCUUCUUUCGGAAUUUGUGAUUAAUUUGGUUAUGCAAAAGAAUAGGAUUUUCUUUCGAUUAUAAAAUUCUAUAUUUUGUUUUC